UGAGGUAAAGCGGAGCGCGUGGUGGGGCGCCGUGGCUGCUUCGGCGGCGCAUGGAGGCGAUGCCUUGCCGCGACCGGCGCGUGGUGGGCCCGGUGGGGGUUCCGGCAGCAGAACCCGGGAUGCCGGCGAGCGGCGAGGGCGGGCAGCGACAGCUGCGCUUCGCCGAGCCCGGCCCGGGCAGCGGCGACAGUCCGAGCCCGGAUAGCAGCGGCAGCGGCAGCGGCAGCGCCGAGGGCAGCAGAUGCUACUGCGCCGGCGGGAACGGCUGCUGCGCCGGCGGUGGCGGCGGCGGCGGCGGCGGCGAGGGGGACGCCGAGGCGGCCACGACGACGACGCCUCACGAGUGGCGGGGGUCGGGGUCGGCCCAGCUGAAACUGCUGCCCAUGAACGACCAGAUCCGGGAGCUGCAGACUAUCAUCCGCGACAAGACAGCCAGCAGAGGUGACUUCGUAUUUUCUGCUGAUCGCUUGAUCAGACUCGUAGUUGAAGAGGGAUUAAAUAGACUACCCUACACAGAAUGCACAGUGACCACUCCAACAGGGUACAAAUAUGAAGGAGUGAAAUUUGAAAAGGGAAACUGUGGGGUCAGCAUAAUGAGAAGUGGGGAGGCCAUGGAACAGGGCUUGCGCGAUUGCUGCCGAUCUAUACGAAUAGGGAAGAUCCUGAUCCAGAGCGACGAGGAGACGCAGAGAGCCAAAGUGUACUAUGCAAAAUUUCCGCCGGACAUCUACAGAAGGAAAGUCCUCCUCAUGUACCCCAUUCUGAGCACUGGCAACACUGUGAUCGAGGCCGUAAAGGUCCUCAUAGAACACGGGGUUCAGCCCAACGUGAUAAUCCUGCUGAGUCUCUUCUCUACCCCCCAUGGUGCCAAAUCAAUAAUCCAGGAAUUUCCAGAUAUCACAAUUUUGACAACAGAGGUUCAUCCAGUCGCUCCUACACAUUUUGGGCAGAAGUAUUUUGGAACAGACUGAAGUACUUAACCCAUUUGUGUUUUGUUACUGUAAGAUAUUACACCAUUUUUCUACAUUUUAUAAUUUGAAGUCGAGGUAUCUAUGGGAAUAUUUAACAUCUUUGGUUUUGGUUUUGUUUUAUUUUUGUCCAGAGGUGGAAAUAGUUGACCUGCACUAAUUUUUUUAUUUAAAUGGAUAGAUACUUGAUCUUAAGUCUAGCUUUUGUUUUAAUAAUGAGAUGGGGCAAUAAAGCAGACCACAGACGUCUAAUGUUGGGCUAUUCAAAUUGUUGCCCUCUACUUUAUUUAUUCUUUGUCGCCAAUUUGGCUGAUUGCAACGGUAAAAUAAACUAACUGUGAAGGCA